GCCGGGCGGAGGCCGGUGCGGCGGACGAGCAUGCGCCGUGGCGCCCGGCGCAGCCUUUAUCUCGGGCGGAGGUAGCGCUGUCGGCUCCGCAUUGCAGACGGGAGCUGGCGUGAUGGCGCGGCGGCUCGUCUGCCUCCUCGGGCUCCUGGCGGCCGCUGUGGCAAGCCCUGUUUUGUGGCAGAAGGACUGUGUGAAGGGUCCAGAGGUAUGGUGUCAGAGUGUUCGGACAGCAUCACAGUGUGGAGCGGUGAAACACUGCCAGCAGAAUGUCUGGAACAAGCCUACUGUAAACAGUAUCCCCUGUGACUUAUGUAAGGAACUUGUGACAGUAGCUGGCAAGGUUUUGAAGGAUAAUGGCACUGAGGAUGAGAUCCGCUCUUACUUGGAAAAGACAUGCGAGUUUCUUCCUGACCAAGGCCUGGUCUCUGAGUGCAAAGAAAUUGUGGAUUCAUACCUACCCGUUAUCAUGGAUAUGAUUAAAGAAGAGCUAGAUAAACCUGAAGUUGUAUGUAGUGCCCUUGCGCUGUGUCAAUCCCUUCAGAAGCACCUUGCAGCAGUGAAACUUCAGAAACAACUCCAGUCAAAUAAGAUACCAGAGCUGGAUUUCUCUGAACUGGCAUCCCCAUUCAUGGCUAAUGUGCCUCUUCUCCUUUACCCUCAGGACAAGCCCAAGCAGAAGUCAAAGGGAAGUGGGGAUGUAUGCCAAGAUUGCAUUAAGCUGGUUACUGAUGUUCAGGAAGCUGUGAGGACAAACUCAUCUUUUGUAAAGUCUUUGGUUGCUCAUGCUAAGGAGGAGUGUGACCGUUUGGGACCUGAAAUGUCUGAUAUGUGCAAGAACUAUAUCUCUGAAUAUUCUGACUUGGCUAUCCAAAUGAUGAUGCACUUGCAACCAAAGGACAUUUGUGCCAUGGUUGGGUUCUGUUCUUCUGUGAAAUCUGUUCCCCUUCGGACUCUGGUACCAGCUCAAGUGGUUCAUGAAGUAAAAAUGGAAACAGUGGAGAAAGCCUCAGUUCAAGAGAAAGCUCUUUCCUUGUGUGAGAUAUGUGAGACCAUGGUGAAAGAAGUGACUGGCCUUUUGGAGAGCAACAAGACAGAGGAGGAGAUUGUACAUGAAAUGGAAGUGGUCUGCUACCUAUUCCCAGCAAGUGUCAAGGACCAGUGUAAGGACUUCAUUGAUGUCUAUGGCCAGGCUUUGGUCGACAUGCUCUUGGAGGCAACAAAUCCUGAAGCUGUGUGUGUUAUGCUGAAAUGCUGUGCUGCCAACAAGCCUCCUCCACCACCACCAGUUGUAGUGAGACCUGCAGGUGGCUUCUGUGACAUCUGCAAGAUGGUGGUAGCUUAUGCAGACAAAGAGCUAGAGAAGAAUGCCACAACAGCUGAAAUUGAAGCUUUACUGGAAAAAGUCUGUCACUUCCUGCCAGAGUCUGUCAGUGAUCAGUGCGUUCAGUUUGUGGAUCAGUAUGAACCCAUGGUUGUGCAACUCUUGGCGGAAAUGAUGGAUCCCACUUUCGUUUGCACUAAACUUGGAGUCUGCGGAUCAGCUAAGCAGCCUCUCCUGGGGGAUGAUGCUUGUGUUUGGGGUCCAGGUUACUGGUGUAAGAACAUGGAGACUGCUGCUCAGUGCAAUGCUGUUGAUCACUGCAAACGUCAUGUGUGGAACUAGAAGAAGAAUUUCCAGUUCUGAAAGUUUGCCAUGGCUCUUAAAAAUUUGGGCCGAGGUUGGCGGAGAGCUGUAUCUCAAAUGUCCCUCCUCUCUGCCUCAUUAAUAAUUUGACCUUCAAGUUCUUUUAUUGUAACUCUUCUGUAGCAGUGCUGCUGUUGAAGGAUCAGAUCUUCAUUGUCAACUUAACAAAGAUAUUUUUGAUUGUACAGUUUAACUCAUUAUGCUCCUAAAAAAUAGUCAGUGUGUUGUAGUUUUUUAAUUGAUAGGCUGAAGUGUUUUUUAGGUGCUGGAAAGAAUGGCAGAGAAAGUGAAAUGAGACAAGGCUAUUAUCUUUUAAUUCAAAAAAAGAACAAGAUGGUGACUAAAUUUUAAUAUGUCUUUCUGUAGUCAGCAUUGGGAAGAUUACAUGCUUUGCAUUUUUAACAUCUGGGUGGAAUGGUCAUUUUUGGUGUAGCCCUAAGGAGCUCUUUAAGGGAUAAUGCUGAACCUGGGAAUCUCUUCGGCUGGAAUUUUCAAAGCUCUACAGAUGCAGAGAAGGGGCUUCUUGUGUCCAGCUAACUUUCAAAGUAACUCGUACCUAAAAAAGAUGCAUUUGCAUUUGAGUGACCAUGCUUAUAGCUUGUUGUAGUGUUACAGUUAAGGAAACCCUCCUUCAACCUUUGAUCAUGUCCUUUAUAUUUCCUUGAACUACUUGAUAUAAGCAUGGGUGUGCUACUGUCAAGCCCUGUGGGAUUUCAGUCUUCUGAAGCAUGCUGAUGUACUUAAGGAAUGGCUCCCUUUUUUCUUACCCUUGUUGCUCAAUUCUGCUUAGUCUUGCAGCUUCCUACAUGCAGCCAAAUGGGUGCCAAGGAGGUGGAGUGAGCUGGGUCGGUAGAAGAUGGGGCGAGGGGGGGGAAAGUCAGCAGGGGCUGUGCCUGUGACAAAAGCGAGUUCAGCAUAGAGGGCAGAGUGCAGAGAAAAAUGGGUUUUAUUGUAAACCGCCAGUGUGUUCCUCAGUCUGUUUUUGUUCUUGUGGCAUAUUUUGGUUAUGUAAAAUUUCAGAGGCACUGUGAGGCUCACAGGCAGUUUCCAUUGCUGUCACCCAUUCUCACUUGACAUUCACCUUUCUGAGUACCUUAAAGUAUAAAUUUUUUUCCAGAGCUUCCAUUUCUGUUGGGAAAUGUGUCUGAGUAGCAAGCAGAGAUGGCAGAGUUAAGAGCACUGUAGUAGGUAUUUGGCAGCUCUGCUGGCAUACCUGCCAACCUGCUUUUCACGCCUCUGCAGCAUCCCACUGAAAUGGUCUGAACUUCUGAACAAAAGCCUUUUGAGACAGGCUGCUACCCUGGAAACAAGUCAGGCCCUUGAGGUGUGUAGGGGCCUCGAAUGAGAAUCAUGCUUACAUUGCUUGAGAAUGGACCUUGUACUGCUUAGCAGCAUGUAGUACAUGGUUCUGGUCAAGUUAACCCCCAAAACAGAGGCACCACAAAGUAGCUCUGAGGAAGCCUUUUGGAAGGAGAAGCUUGGCAGAGGUGGAGCUUUGAAAAUUCCAGUCCUGUUCAGAAAGGAGCUGGCAACUGCUGCUGUUCCCUGUGGUGUCUUGGGUGAGGCAGGAGCUCUGGUAACUGCUUUAGAAGCAAGCAAGGUAAUUUUCAUGCUGUUUUAAUGAAAAAACACUUGACUGCAGCUUUUUUAGUUACUACAUGUACAUGCUAAAUGUCUGGGCAGUGUUGACAGAUAGCAGUACUGGUUUGUCUUUCCUGUUUGCAUUUGUACAGAACACUGAAGCACUCGUGGCUCUAAAAAGGAAAAUAAUUUCCCCUAGAAAUGUAAAAUAUCUGCAGCUUUCUGUCUUGGCAGGCUUGUGCAGUGGUUCCAGUGGUGUAUCCCAGGUGGGGUGGAUAUGCCGGAUAGGAGGAAAUGAGCUUUCUUCAGCAUUGCUGCCCUGAAGGUACAGGUUGGGUUACACUACAGCAUGUAGUAUGGUAUUUGAUCUUUUAAACUAGAUGGUGUUCUCUUAACAUGAUGGAUUGAGACUUGCUCUUCCAUGUUGGCAAGGCUUUAAUUUUCUUGGGUUUUUAGCAGUGGAGGAUUAUGCUAGCAGCCUGUUGGUAGAGCUGAAGUGGGAGAAAUCCUGUGCUACUGCUGGGAGUCUUAAGUCUCCUUUCCUGUGGCCCAUGGCACCUGACCUGCUUGAGUUACGCUAGGGGGACACGUGCUUUCUAAAGAACAUUGUCUUGAUUUUUGCACAAAAGCUUCCUUAAUGAACAAUAAAAACCUCUGUAAACUGA